AUGAAAUUCAAGGCUCUUCUCAACUUCACCAUCUCCCUCGCGCCCACGACGCCCAUCCCUCAAACGGCUGUCCUCACACCACCACCCCUGAUCCCCGGCACAUUCUGCCGCGAUUUCCGCGAGUGCUUCACGCAAUCGGGCUCUCGCUGCGUUCUCGGCAGUCGCUUCUUCACCGACGUCGUCCAUCUGUAUGUCAUGGAUAUUGAGUGUAAUCUCCUAGGGCAGGGAUUGGUAGAGGUUGGGAAAACUGGCGUGUUGGAGGUGGGAGGGGAGAGGAUUGGGGUGGAGAGGUUGAUGGGGGGAAAGGCGCCGGUUUUUUUGUAUCGCGGGUGGAAGUUUGGGGGCGAUGGGAGGGAGUGUUGGGUUGAUGGGGAGGAGGGGGAGGGGGAGGCGGAUGGGGAGUUUUCUUGCGCGCAGGUCUUUGAAUGUUAG